AUUGUAAAAAUUAUCAAUAUCCCUCGUGAAUCAAUAACCUGCCCCUAGGGUUUGAGUUUUUUAGUUUAGUUUGCCCGGAAAGGGCUUCUACACUCACUAUUCUUACACUUUUUUGAAAGAAUGUGUGAGACAGACAGUUAGCCAGCUAGCUAGCUAGCUGAGAGGUGAUACAGGCGGCAGGAGAACAAAAGAUUUUUUUGCGUUUUGGCCGGUUGUACUGACACCAAGUCCAUGCAGAACGUGUCAUUACCAUCACAAUGCCCGUUUUACUUUUUCUGAUAGACACGUCCGCUUCAAUGAACCAGCGCACCCAUCUGGGCACUACCUAUCUGGACAUAGCAAAAGGCGCUGUUGAGACUUUUAUGAAGCUCAGAGGGAGAGAUCCGGCGAGCCGAGGGGACCGGUAUAUGUUGGUAAAUUUUGAAGACGUUCCCUUCGGGAUAAAGGCUGGAUGGAAAGAGAGCCAUGCCACAUUCAUGACAGAGCUGAGGAACCUCCAAGCAACUGGACUCACAUCUAUUGGCCAGUCCUUGAGGACCGCUUUUGAUUUACUCAAUCUCAAUAGAUUAGUGACUGGGAUAGACAACUAUGGACAGGGAAGGAACCCCUUCUUCCUCGAACCCGCCAUCAUAAUCGCCAUCACGGACGGCAACAAGUUGACAAGCGGCGGCGGAGUCCAAGACGAGCUCCAUCUGCCUCUGACCACCCCGCUUCCCGGUAGUGAGCUGACCAAGGAGCCCUUCCGCUGGGACCAGCGUCUGUUCGCUCUGGUGCUGCGGAUCGCUGGCAACGCUUCGGUGGAGCCCGAACCCCUCGGAGGCGUCCCGCCCGACGAUUCUCCCAUCACCCCCAUGUGUGAGGUCACUGGAGGACGUUCCUACAGCGUGUUUUCUCAGCGUAUGUUGAAUCAGUGUCUGGAGUCUCUGGUGCAGAAAAUUCAGAGCGGAGUGGUGAUAAACUUUGAGAAGACGGGACCUGACCCUCCUCCACUAGAGGACGCUCCAGCUGAGGCGGUGAAGUCUGGUCCGCAGCCUUGGCACUGCUGUCACAAGCUGAUCUACGUACGACCCAACCCUAAAACCGGUGUUCCCAUUGGUCACUGGCCCAUCCCCGAGGCCUUCUGGCCGGACCAGAACUCCCCCACGCUGCCCCCCCGCUCAGCCCACCCCCACGUUCGUUUCUCCUGCCUGGACGCCGAGCCCAUGGUGAUAGACAAGGUGCCCUUUGACAAGUAUGAGCUGGAGCCUUCACCGCUCACACAGUACAUUUUAGAGAGGAAGUCCCCGCACACCUGCUGGCAGGUGUUUGUAUGUAACAGUGCCAAGUACAGCGACCUGGGCCAACCCUUUGGCUACUUAAAGGCCAGCACAGCUCUCAACUGUGUCAACUUGUUUGUGAUGCCCUACAACUACCCCGUACUUCUGCCACUUCUGGACGACUUGAUCAAAGUGCACAAGUUCAAGCCAACCAUCAAAUGGCGGCAGUCCUUUGAGAACUACCUGAAGACCAUGCCUCCAUAUUAUAUCGGGUCUUUGAGGAAAGCUCUGAGAAUCAUGGGAGCGCCAAACCUGCUGGCCGACAACAUGGAGUACGGCCUGAGCUACAGCGUGGUCUCCUACCUGAAGAAGCUCAGUCAGCAGUCAAAGAUCGAGUACGACAGGCUGAUCGCCUCGAUUGGUAAAAAGCCACCGCCAGAGGCCGGCAUCAAGGUGCGUUGGCGGGGCGGAGGUAUAUCUCUGGCCCAGCGCAGGGACUUCAUCCAGCAGCUGCAGAGUCUCACAGGAGAGGCACCGACUCUGCCCCUGGAGCUCAACCCCAAAGAGUUUCAAGGCUUUCACCUGGCACUGCUCAACAAGGGCCUGAAACCUCAGAGCUUCAGGAAUCCCUACGACAUCCCUCGCAGCCACCUGCUGGACCAGCUGAGCCGAAUGAGGCGAAAUCUGCUCAACACCAGCGUCUGUACUCUCAGAGGGCAGGACUCAGACCAGCUCCACAGCGUGCCAAUCGCCCAGAUGGGCAACUACCAGGACUUCCUCAAAGCUGCUCCUCAGCCUCUUCGAGACGCAGACCCUGAACAGCCCAAACGCCUGCACACAUUCGGCAACCCCUUCAAACUGGACAAGAAGGGCAUGAUGAUCGACGAGGCGGAUGAGUUUGUGACCGGCCCACAGAACAAGGGCAAGAGACCAGGAGACAGCAACAACAUGCAGGGUGGAGGCCCCAAGAGACGCCGCUGCAUGUCGCCUCUGCUGCGCCUGGGCAGGGCUUACACGCCUCCAGUAACACCCCCUGCCAGCCCUCGACCCACAGCAGACAUGGACAUGAACGACGGAGCACCUGAACCAGACAUCAUCAUCAACCACCUCAAUCAGAACCACUACGGCUCAGACAGCAGCUCGGACUCGGAGGCCGAUCAUCCCUCGGGGCCCGCCAACCACCAGGAGAACCACACAGCCACAGAUCCCCAGGACCUCCAGCACAGUGACGAGGAGGAGAACGGGCAACCCCGGGUGGGCGAGCUGCUGCCGGGCAGCGAGGAAGGCAUGGAGGUGGUGCUAGUCGAUGACCAGCCGCCCCGCUACCUGUCACCUGCAGCUCUGAAGAAGCACAUUCACAACGAGACGAUGAAGGUCAACAACGAGCUGAGGGCGCUCAUCACCAAGGAGAUCAGGAAACCCGGCAGGCACUAUGAGAAGAUCUUCCUCCUCCUGAAGCAGAUCCAGGGCACUCUGGACACCCGGCUCAUCUUCCUCCAAAACAUCAUCAAAGAGGCGGCCAGGUUCAAGAAGCGCGUUCUCAUCGAGCAGCUGGAAAACUUCCUCGAGGAGAUCCACAACAGAUCCAAUAACAUGAACCACGUGGACACGCUCUGAGUCCGGCUCAUUCCCAAACUGAACUUACUGAUAAUGAACCCGACAACCCUCCACAUCCUUCUAACCCCCCACCCCCUCCCCAAAUCCUCCUGUACCGGGGGGGGGGGGGGG